AUGGUUAAUUCUGUAGAUUUCAGAGAUCAAGCUGAUCUGUUGAUGACACGACUGAAUCAGCUCGGUGUACCUCUCGUGGUCUUCUCGGCCGGAAUUGGAAAUAUCAUCGAGAUGUAUUUGGAGCAACGACUAGGUCAAAUCCCAUCAAACAUACGGAUAAUUUCGAACAUGAUGAAUUUCGACGAAAAAGUAUGUGUUAAUUUCGAUUAA